UACUCGCUCCCUCCAUUUCCUUCCGCCGCCGGCUGUCCCAUGGCUACCGCCGCAAGCCUGCGGAUGAAGGCCGUUAUUUGAUGAUCUCAGGAAUCAUGAUGACGCGGGCGAGGGCGCGGUCGCUGCGCCGGAGCCUUCCGCAGCCGCAGCCGCAGCCGCAGCCCCCUACAGGAGGAGCAUCCAAAUCCAAAUCCAUUGCCCACGAAUCCGAAGAAAUGAUUAUACGAACGCGCCGCCGGAAGGCAGAAGCGGUUCUUGUCCUCCACGAUCCACAAGACUGGAGGGACUGGGCCAACUUACUUGCUGAAAUGGUCGGGGAGAUCGCCGGUCGGCUGCUCGCCGUCGACGUCGCCGAGUACAUCCGCUUCCGCGCCGUGUGCGGGCCGUGGCGCGAGCGCACCGCCGACCCGCGCGUACGACGCCUGGACGCCCGCUUCCGCCCGCGCAACUGGGCGGUGCUCACCAUCACCCCACCCCCACCACGGCGGCUGCCUCCUCGCCGCCGCCUCCUCAACCUCGCGACGGCGGCCUCCAUCGGCGUCGUCCUCCCGGCGCUCUCCACCCACUGCCACCUCUGCGCCGCCGACGGCCUCCUCGUCCUCUUCAACAAGGCCACCAACCUCAUCUCCCUCCUCGACCCUCUCACCAACACCAUCACCGACUUCCCCGCCAUCUUCCUCAUGGCCGCCACCGCCACCGCCGCCGCCGCCGUGCCCUCCUCCCUAUCCGCGAUGUGCCGGGAUCGCCGCUUCAACCUCCGAAUCUUCAACGGCGCCGGGUUCGACGACACCACCUCCCCGCCCACCCUCGUGCUCUGCCUGAGGGACACGGUGAGGAGCAUCAUCGUCGCCAAGCCUGGCGAUUCGCACUGGACGCUGGUAAACCCCGGCGAGGCGUCCUACCGGGAGUACGACUCCCAAGGCCAGCUCCUCUUCCACUCCGUGCUCUCCUGGCGCGGCCGCUGCUACGUCGCCUCGCCGGAGGGCUCCAUGUACAUACGCAUCACCUGA